AUGGAUUUAGACAAUGAAUUCGCAGGAAAAACUAUAAUAUUAGGAAAUAAAACAUAUGAACUCGAUAAACUUAGUCCAGAAGAACGCUUUCGAGUUCAACAUGAAGCAAUGCAUGAAAAACAUAAAGGACAUGAAGCUAUGCAUAUGGAAAUGUUACUUGUUUUACUUGUUGCAAUUGUUGUUUCUCAAUUUGUAUUAAUACUUUGGAGAAAGUAUCAUCUUCGAUCUUAUCAAUUUUUUACACUUCUUUCUAUGUGGUUAAUUCCACUUGGAUUGUCUAUUCAAAAUUUUUAUAUUCGUUUUAUUAUAAUCUGGUGUUUUUUCACACUUAUAACUGUUUAUGUGACACGUCGUGCAACAAAACAACCUAUUGAACCAAAUACACCAAGAUUAGUUUAUAAAUGGUUUCUUCUUGUUCAUAAAGUGUCUUAUGGCCUUGCUAUUGGUGGUUAUUUCCUUAUAAUGAUGACAUUUCUUGGUAUUAAUAAUCUUUUUUCAAUAUCUCCACAAACACUACUUGAUAUUGGAAUAUUGAGCAUGUUUUAUGGAAUUUAUUAUGGUGUACUUGGAAGAGAUAUGGCUGAGUCAUGUACUGAUCGAAUGGCAUCAAAAAUUGGCUAUUAUUCAGAGACAGGUUUACCCAAGCGAGCAUUAGAAUCGAACACAUGUGCUAUUUGUGCUAAUCCAAUAUUAGUACAACACAAUGAAGAAGCAUUGAUUGAAAGAACAUAUAAACUCCAAUGUGGACAUACAUUUCAUGAAUUUUGUAUACGCGGUUGGUGUAUUGUUGGUAAAAAACAAACAUGUCCGUAUUGUAAAGAGAAAGUUGAUUUAAAAAGAUUAUUUCCAAAUCCUUGGGAGAAGCCUCAUGUAUUCUAUGGAAAUUUACUUGAUUGGGUUCGAUAUCUAGUUGCUUGGCAACCAUUAAUUUUAUUUAUUGUUCAAGGUGUUAAUUAUACUCUUGGUCUUGAAUAA